AUGAAAAUACACAAGAAAAACAACACCAAUUUUCACAAACAGAACAAGGAGCCAGACCAAAAGAAUCUCAAACAAAAGCAGAAUCAAGUCAGAAAAAAAACAUCUAAAAGUAAAAGUGAGCAACCAAAACAAGUGCCAUUUCCACCUAAAGUACUCAAAUUUAGAUUUUACAAUUAUUGUAAAAAAUACCAAAACAUUAAAAAAGUUCUUUCAUAUGCUCUAGUUGAAUAUUGGCCCGGGGAAAAGUGUCGAGACAAUGUAUGUGCACUUCCCUUUUCAACUCCUUAUGUAAAUGAGGGCUUUUUCUUGCAUGGGUUAUGGCCUCAAAAUGACGCUCAUAAAAAUUUGGUUUGUUGCAAAACCGAUGUUCAUAUUUCAAAAGCAGAACAAAUCAUACUUGAUGACUCGGAGCUGAAAAGCCUCAUUUAUCAAAACUGGAUAUCCGUUGAUAGGUGUGGCAUUUCAAUUUAUCAAUUUGACAAACAUGGAACGUGUUCAAUGAAAAAUUUUGUUGGGAAUAAUGGUAUUGUCAAUUAUAUUAAAACGGCAAUUAGACUGUUUAAAAAAUACGAUUUGUGGAAAAUCUUACAAGAGAGUGAUUUGAAAGUUGUGACCAACAAACUCUAUAACAUAGAUAAGCUCAGAAACGCAAUUCAAAAAGUCAUUGGAAAUGAUGUGAUAUUUACAUGUGUUGAAAUGACGUCAAUUUAUGAAAUUAAAAUGUGUUUCGACCCGUUAUCUGUAAACACACCUAAUCCUAAACUUAUAAAAUGUCUUGAUAAAAAUUACAACGAAGAAAAAAGAAGGUGCAACACAGAGGUGAUGUUUAUUCAUUUUCCUGAUUUUUUGCUUGACCCAGUCACGGCCCCUAGAAGUGAUUGUCCUUAUUGA